GCGGACGCACGGGACGCGUCAAUACGCAUCGACAGCUCCGCUAAGUGAGCGACACGGCGCACUUUGCCGUAGUUGAAUGAGACGACGCGAAGAAGAAAAACAAGAAGAAGAAGAAGAAGGAGGGAAAAGAGACGCAAACGGUGAAUUUUCGAUAGCGCAGGGAUCUGGCUAGUCGUCAAGACGGUGGCACAUAACUAUAAAUACAUAUAUAGUGUCAUCGCCGUUAUCUUCUUCUGCUUCCCUGCAAACCCGCCUCCUCAGACGUUGCUCUGUCAUGGGUGUGAAAGUGCUCCAGUGCUUCCCGUUCUACAGGCGCUGUAAAGAACGCUGUAAGGGCCGACAGUGCCCCCCAGCGGCAGUGCCCAUUGAGGAGAUGAAGCCUCGUCUGUCCUCCACGACCUCCUGGGGCAGCGACAGCGAGGGGCCGGGCAGCCUCAGCCGAGGCUCGCAGAUCUAUUUCUCCACCAAGGCCAGGCUCUCCUUCAGACACCAGCUGGACAGCAACAUCAAUGCCGUGGAUGCCACCUACUGAGCGAGAAA